UUUCCUGGCACUGAGAGAAACUUGGAACUCGGAAACUCGUUUACUUUUCUUCUCCUCCUACCUCAUUUGAGUAAUGAGCUUCUCAUUGCCUCGUUGUGCCUUGGUUUUUGAGGCCCGGGCUCCCGGCUGGACUGGACUGGACUUGACUGGACUCUUCUUUUUGUGUGGACCGUGGGUUUAUGGGACGGGACUAUGGGCUCAUUCUCGACUCAAGCUCUCUCUCUCUCUCUGUCUGGACCCCCCGAUCCGUUUGCCGACUUCACACACAUCUUGGGUCCUGCGUCCUGCCGCCGGCCGGGAUUUGACAGCUUUCUGAACCGACUCGAGAGGGAUCAUCCCGUUUGUUCCCCUCUUCCUGUGGCUUUCUCUACCUCUUUUUCCUCUUUUUAUCAUUCACAUAUACCCCGUUCCAGACAUCAGAGAGCAAAACUGUCUUCUUCGAUUCCAUACUCUACUCCUUGUCUGCUCCAACAACCCCCUACCCUACCUCUACCCUCCCAUCCAUCCUCCAAUUCCCGCCCGACCGCCCCGGGACGAAUCCUUCAGCGAUCCAUCCUCCACCCUCCUCGACCAGUCACCACCCCUCCCCCCCCUUGCCACUCUUCUCAGAGAUCUGCAAGUCUAGGCCAUCCUAGACCACCCCAUCCCAUCCAACUUUCCAGGGCAAUCAUCCAUCUCACCCAUACACUGGCUCCUCCACCCAUCUCACCUUAUCUCCAUCGAGCGAUCAAUCACGCAAAAAAAAAAAAGCAUCGUGCUUCUCCUGCUUCUGCGUGGCUCACUGGCUCUCACACCCCCGUUAUCCCGUAUAUCCGCGCAUCCACCAUCCACCACGCAAGCAAGCAAGGGGGGGUUCGUUCGGUUCGUCGAUGGCCGCAGAUGAGCCGCAGAUGAACCAAACCCGUCCAAGUUGUUCGCUCCGCCCGCCCGCACCGCACCGCCCUGCUACUCUAUCCCCGCCCGGGUGGGCCGGCCGGCAACGCUGACGGUCAGGUCGUCGCAGGUGGGAAUGAGCAACCCCCGAAAAAGGGUACGCCGCAAGGGGAACGGCACGGGAUGUCGGGAACAUGGGAAAAGAGAGUCCUGAGAAAGAGAGAGCCUGAGCAAUAAAAUCGAGAUGAGGUGAGGUGACGCGGAUAAAGGGACACGUUACGCG